UCGGCCGACACUACUAUCAAUGUUUAUAUUUUUUGCUCAAUAAUAAUUUGUUUUGAUUUGAUUCAAUUUGUCUCAAACAAUUAUUUUCUUUUUCUGAGGAAAUACACUCUUUUUAAAUACAAAAAAUGAGCCGUCGCAAGCGUGCUAAGGUGGAAAACCGCGAAUUGGAUGAAAAAUUAAAACAAGAUGAUUCUGAAUCGGAUCAAUCUGAGAAAAGUAAGAUCACAAAUUCGAGUCCAACGUCUGUUACUGGACGGCGGGAAUCAUCUUCCAGUCGGACUGUGGAUUCAAAAAAAGAAGACAAACCAAUUAUUAUUGAAGAAACCAAAAGUGAAGAUAUUGAAGAAGUUAACUACAAAGAUAUGCUAAAUAGCUUGGAAGGUGCUGCAUUUCAAUCUAGACUACCAUUUGAUAAAAUGUCUUCAUUAGAGGCCGAAUGUUUUUCGGAUUUGCAAGGAGCAUCAAGCCUUGCACUUGUUCAAAUAAGAAAUCGAAUAUUGAAACUUUGGUUUGAAGAUCCUAAGAAACAGCUCACUCAAGAACAGUCCGUUCAAAAAAUGGAACCACCAUACAGUGCAGAUCCUGCCUUAGUGAUGAGAACUCAUGCUUUUCUGGAACGACAUGGUUUUAUAAAUUAUGGUAUUUAUGAACGAGUAAAUCCUAUUCCAUCACCACCAAAGGGUAAACAAAGACCUAAGGUCAUAAUUAUUGGUGCAGGAGUAUCAGGUUUGGCAGCUGCACGUCAGUUGCAAUCCUUUGGAUGUGAAGUAGUAAUAUUGGAAGGGAGAGACAGAGUUGGAGGCAGGGUUGUCACUUACCGGAAGGGACCUUAUGUUGCUGACUUAGGAGCAAUGGUGGUAACUGGAUUGGGUGGUAAUCCUGUCACAACGUUGUCGGUACAAAUGAAUAUGGAGUUGCAUAAGAUAAAACAAAAAUGUCCAUUGUAUGAAGCGACCGGUAAUCAAGUCCCUAAACAUAAGGAUGAAAUGGUUGAGCGUGAAUUCAAUCGCUUGCUGGAUGCUACCUCAUACCUAUCACAUCAAGUAGACUUUAAUUAUUACAACGAUACUCCCGUGUCUUUGGGACAGGCUUUGGAAUGGGUCAUUAAAUUGCAGCAAAAGAGUGUUAAACAUAAACAGAUUCAACACCUUAAAGCAUUGAUAACCUUGCAAGAGAAGCUAAAGAAUAAUAUCAACAAGAUGUCAGAUAUAAACGAACUCCUAAAGUCUAUGAAAUCUGAGAAGGAAACGUUGUUGGCUGAUCGCGAGAAGGUAGCGUCUGGAGACGCUAGUAUCUUGCAGGAGUUUAAUCUUAGAAGAUUAAACCGGGAGAUGAAUCUGCUGUGUAACGAGUAUGAGACGCUCACCACACAGAAUAAUACUAUAGAGGAUAAGUUGGUGCAGUUGGAAUCUAAUCCGCCCAGUUCGGUGUACCUCUCGGUUCGAGAUCGUCAGAUUCUUGACUGGCAUUUCGCUAACCUGGAGUUCGCGAACGCAACGCCUUUAGGAAACCUGUCGCUGAAGCACUGGGACCAGGACGACGACUUCGAGUUCACUGGGAACCAUCUAACAGUUCGCAACGGGUAUUCGUGCGUGCCGGUGGCAUUGUCUGAGGGGCUCGACAUUAGAUUGGGUACAGCGGUCACUGAAAUCACUUACGGUGGGCCGGGUGUCACUGUGAAGGCUGUCAACCCUCGAGCUCCCAACCAGCCGCAGACAUUUAAGGGUGACGUAGUUCUUUGCACACUACCUUUGGGAGUACUCAAAGUGGCCGUGGCGAACAACGGACAGAAUCAGCAAAACUUUGUAAAGUUUGAUCCCCCAUUGCCUGAUUGGAAAGUGGCGGCCAUAAAACGUUUAGGUUAUGGUAACUUAAAUAAAGUAGUGCUUUGCUUUGAGCGUACUUUCUGGGAUCCAAGUGCAAACCUCUUUGGACACGUGGGUACGACAACCGCUAGCAGAGGUGAAUUGUUCCUAUUCUGGAACCUAUACAGUGCUCCGGUGUUGCUCGCACUGGUAGCUGGAGAAGCUGCUGCUGUUAUGGAAAAUGUGACUGAUGAUGUCAUAGUUGGAAGAUGUAUCGCCGUGUUGAAAAGUAUCUUCGGACACGCGGCUGUUCCGCAGCCCAAAGAAUGUGUUGUUACCAGAUGGCGUGCCGAUCCCUAUGCUCGGGGAUCCUAUAGUUUCGUGGCUGUUGGCUCCUCCGGGACUGACUAUGAUCUACUAGCAGCGCCCGUGCCCGAUUCCUCCGGAGAAAACAGAUUAUUUUUCGCCGGUGAGCAUACAAUGCGCAACUAUCCAGCAACAGUGCACGGCGCUUUCCUCUCCGGUCUAAGAGAGGCCGGUCGUCUCGCUGAUAUGUUGAUGCCACUACCUCCAAUUACUAGCGCCAGUGUGGCAGCGGCGACUGCUGGUCAUACUUGACCCUCGGCUAAAAAGAAUGGCAAGAAAAAAUAGUUCACUUAGAACUGGUCUUGCCAUAAUAUGCAAAGACCAGCAAUAAGACGUAUUACUCUUUUAACUAGAAAAAACUGUUAUAUUUCUUUUUGCUGUGAUACUUUGCAGAAGGAGAAUGUUUUAUGGACUCGGAUUAGAGUGUUUAAAGAAAUAGUUUUCUGAUAUUCUAAGUGCUCAGAUCGUUAAUUGGUGGUAAUGUAGUUGAUGGUGAUCAAUUACUAUUAGUGAGAUUAUAAAAAUAUUACUCUUUACUGAUAAUUAUAAGACUGGAUACAAACAAUGAUGAGGUAAAAAAUUGUUUUAUUUUUAUUUUUAUUAACAAUAUUUUCGGAUGUAAGUCUCUAGUGUGGGAUUUUAAAUCGAGAUAAUGAUUACUUUACAUUAAACUUGUUCACUGGAACAUUAAUGUCGAAUUAAAUCCGACAAUAUAGUUACAUUCAAAUAUGAAUUGCUGUUUAAAAAAAAAGGAUAUAAUUAUGUUCUUGUUAUUAAUAAAACUUUAACCUGUAUUUUUAGAAUAGCAGUUGUAGUGUAAUUUAAGGCUUUUUGUAGUGAAAACAAUACAUAUAUUAUUUGAAUAUGAUGCACAGGUCUAACAACGCAAGGAGUGUAACUAAAAUAAAAUCCUAAAGACGAAUAAUUGCGCUUUCGUCUAGCCUUAAAAUAAACAUUCAGUGUUUGAACCUAGGGUUGGACUUUUCUAUUUCCUUAUCAGUAGUCUAGUAGACCAGUUCAUUAUAUUGAAAAAUGUAUUAUUAAGCAAAUAAUUUCGUUAUUAAGAUCAUAGUUAAGUUAUUCCUAAAUAAGUAAGUAUAUUACUUAAUGUAUUCACACUAACUCGUUGAAUAAAAACAUACUAUUAAAGUAACAGAAACAAUUACUAGCAUUUAAAAGCGUCAUAAUUACGAAAUCCUUAAAAGUUUGAUGUUCCCCUCUAGAAAGAAUAUCUUUUAAUUAACGUUUGCUGUCAGUACAGUUUGGUAUUUAACGCAGAGGAUAAACGUCGCCCACUAAAGUACUAGUAAUAAUGUAUUGUUAAAAUUAAGAAAGCCAUUAAAUUUUAAUUAGAAAUUGCAGACAAAAUUGCAGAUUGUUUUUAGAAAAUUUUGUAGCAAUUAUUAACACGAUCUCGCUCAGAAGUUUCUUUGAUUCUGAUGUUCUCAAAACCUUAAACUUCUCCAAAUGUGUUAGUCGUAGAAGAUGGCCUAAUAAGCGUUAGGUUAGGUUAUGUUAAUUAACUUAUAUUUUUAAUCUGGUGUUUCGUGUGAAGUGUAGAAUUUUUUUUUUGUUCUUUUUCCUCGGUGUUGGUCAUUUAAAUUUCUUAAUAAAGCAAUAAAGUAUUUUGAUAAAA